CUAGUUUCGUAGCGUUUGGAGUGCGUUUUCUACGCAAAUCGGUGAGUCGCUUACCUUGAGCGUCUGCCCGCAUACGUACAAGGGGCCGAUAGCGAGAUACGAGAACGCUCAGCGACCGGGACUGGAGAGAGAGUGUGUGGCCCCGACCCGACACACCAAACAAGGAACUCCGGGUCCGGUUAGCCCGGUCAGUUUCUACGAGGGGAAGGGAAAGGUGAGCAGGGCACGGUGGAUGUAAACAUUUGACGCAAGGCUUUCUCGUCUGUGGGAGGAGUGGGGAAAAACCGAACCGACCGUACCAACCGAACCGGCCACAAGCUACUAAGCGUCUAGAGUUUUCGAGCCCGAACCUCGGAAGCCUUCAGUAGCCAUCGGACAGCGUCGUCGAGUGCAAGGUUUCGUCGUGCGACUUCAUCGUGUUCUGCGUCGAGCAUUUUAUCCCACGAUUCGAGUGGCUACCGAGAGUGCAUCCUAUACUCCACCACCUAACAUGAAAUCAUUCCCUACCCUCGUUGUCGUCGCCACCUUUGCCGUGGUGUGCAGCCUGAACGGUUUCGCGCACGCUACCGUGGUGGAAUCGUGCGGAGCCACCCGUAGCCUGGUGCCGAUCGAGCAGAACACCGUCGACAUUAGCAACUGCGAGAAAGGGCCCUGCCGAUUGAAGCGCCGCACGACCGUUAGCAUCAACCAGAAGUUCACGCCGACGGAAGAUGUAAAGAGCCUUAGUACGACCGUGUUCGCGAAGAUCGUUGGCCUACCGUUGCCGUUCGUGGGUGUCGACGGUACGUCCGCCUGCCCGUAUCUGUUCGCGGAGGACGGCGAAACCAAACUCGAGUGCCCGCUGAAGGCCGGCGUGCCGGUGGUGUACAAGCGUAGCUUCGAUGUGCUCGAAAUCUACCCGAAGAUCCCGAGCAUGACCAUCCACUGGGAGCUGCAGACGAAGAGUGGCCGAUCGAUCACCUGCUUCGAGGUGCCGGCUAAGAUUGUGUGAGCUGCGGGCUGCGGGCUCGGAGUAACGCGCAAGCGUCAGUGAAUAGCAUGCUGCUGGUCCGAUCUUUUCGGGUAGCUUUCCGAGUGAUAGGUGUAUAGGUUAGCGUGAGCUGUUGGGUUAUGACGAAGACGAAACCGCACGCAGUAAAGGGUGAUUAAUUUUUACAAAAA